GUGCUCCGGAUAAACUGAUAAUGAAAUCUAACGUGUGCGGUCUGGAAUCGCGACCACGAGCCUCAUUGAAACAAGCUAAUACAAAAAGUCGUCGCAGAACAGAGUUUAAUACCCAUGUCGCUGAAAGCCAUGAAACUCGUUGAAGAGUAGGUAGACUUACUUUUCACCUUCCCUUUUCUGUUCUCUCACCAGCCCUUCCACCCGAAAAAGCCAAGUCCAACGAAAGACACCCGGUACUUUACUCUCCUAAUUCCUCCAUUGGUUGUUCCCGAUUCGAGUUCAGAUCUUAGCAUCCAUUUCUCUAGCACAAAAUUGAAUCUUUUUUUCGAAUACCCAAAUUGAAAUUACAGCAGUCAAAGCAGCCCAAAACUGAGAUUUUAGCAUCCAUGAUUUGGGAAUCCUACAAAAACUGAUUUUUUUAAGGAUUCCCGAAUUGAAAUCACAGUUCAACAGAGCAGCCAAAGACCCCAAAAUGGCUCCAUUCCAAAGCCUUCUCAUGCAGCCCACAGGGGCUCACCUGAACACCCAAAAUGCUGCAAUCAUAGAAGCAAUAAACGCAGUGUACCUGCUCUUCUCAGCAUAUCUGGUCUUCACAAUGCAACUGGGCUUCGCGAUGCUCUGCGCUGGUUCAGUGCGGGCGAAGAACACCAUGAACAUAAUGCUCACAAACGUCAUAGACGCAGCCACAGGGGGUGUUUUCUACUAUCUUUUCGGCUUCGCCUUCGCAUUCGGAACAGGUCCCCGGGCGAACGGUUUCAUCGGCCAUUACUUCUUUGCUCUGACGGGCAUCCCCAAUGAAACAUACGACUACAGCUACUUUCUCUACCAAUGGGCCUUCGCCAUUGCGGUCGCAGGCAUCGUGAGUGGAUCCAUAGCCGAACGAACGCAAUUUGAGGCAUACUUGAUAUACUCCUCCCUGCUGACCGGGUUCGUGUACCCGGUGGUCUCACAUUGGAUCUGGUCACCCGACGGUUGGGCGAGUGCGAGUCGGACCGACCGCUUAUUGUUCGGGUCGGGCGCGAUAGAUUUCGCGGGUAGCGGUGUCGUUCACAUGGUGGGAGGUGUGGCGGGUCUGUGGGGGGCGUUGAUUGAGGGCCCACGGGUCGGACGGUUCGAUGCAUUCGGUCGAUCCGUCGCCAUGCGCGGUCACAGUGGAACGCUCGUUGUACUGGGGACAUUUCUGUUGUGGUUCGGUUGGUACGGUUUCAAUGCCGGUUCGUUUAUCAAUAUCCUCUCAGUGGAGUCCUCAACAGGGGAUUUGGAAACCUACGGAUCUGCGGUCGGCCGGACUGCGGUUACUACGACUCUUGCCGGGUCGACCGCGGCUCUGACAACUUUGUUCGGCCGACGGGUCCUGGCCGGGCACUGGAACUUGCUGGACGUCUGCAACGGAUUGCUUGGCGGUUUUGUGGCCAUUACCUCGGGUUGCGCUGUUGUGGAUCCUUGGGCGGCUAUUGUGUGUGGAUUUGUGGCGGCUUGGGUGUUGAUUGGGUUUAAUUUGCUGGCGGGUAAGGUGAAGUUUGAUGAUCCGCUCGAGGCUGCUCAGUUGCACGGCGGGUGUGGAGCUUGGGGAGUUUUGUUUACGGGAUUGUUUGCGAGGGAGGAUUUUGUUGUUCAGAUUUAUGGUUCGGCGGGUCGGCCGUUUGGGGUGUUGAUGGGUGGCGGUUGGGGACUGAUUGGGGCUCAGGUUGUGGAGAUUCUGGUUAUUGCCGGGUGGGUUUCGGUCACCAUGGGGCCGCUCUUUUUUGGGUUGCAGAAGAUGAAUUUGCUGAGAAUAUCGAGAGAUGAGGAGGUCGCAGGAAUGGAUAUUUCCAGCCAUGGUGGGUAUGCUUAUGACCACCGGGUGGACGACGGGGAUGGGUCUGGUAGUUAUGGUGAAUAUGUCAAGAGGAUGGCUCGUUAAGAGGAAUGUCUGGGUAGUAAUCUACCUCUUGCAGUGACUGCCAAUGUCUAAUUUUGUGUGGUGUGGGAUAUAUUGCACAUUGUAAGAGAGGGUAUGGAGAGGUUGGUUCUAUAAUUAAGGGUGAAGCUUCGAAUCAUUGGAAAUUGGUUCUGUAAUUAAGAGCUAAGUUUCAAAUCAUAAGAUUAAUUUUUUAUUUUUUAAAUAAUUUUUUAGUGUAAUUUUAUAAAUUUGUUCAUAUAUUCUUAUAAUUUGUUAAUUAGAUGAGAAGGUUAGAAAUGGAUAACUCUCUCUUCUUUGC